CUGAGGGCACCGACUGGUGUGCGAGUCGCGGCGCGCCAAGUUCUGGGUUCCGGACUCUCACGCAGGUGUCACGUGGCGGGCACACUGUCGGGCGCGGGUCAGCGGGUCUCCGAGUGGCAGCGGCGGCAGCAGCGUGGGGCCUCGGGGUCGCCCGGCCGGUGUGCGGGACACCGCUCCGAUAGGUGGGCGGCUUUGGGUGCCAGGACCUUGGUGUGCCCAACGCUCUCGGGACGCUUUGUUGUGUGCGCCUUUCCGCCCCGCUUCCCCCGGCGGCUCUGAGAAGCCGGAAAAGGCAACCUUGAACCGGUGCAAUGACAGCUCAAGUCAACGGGGCUCACAAGGAUGCUGACCUGUGGUCCUCGCAUGAGAAGAUGCUGGCACAGCCCCUCAAAGACUGCGACACCGAGGUUUACGACAUCAUCAAGAAGGAGAGUAACCGGCAGAGGGUUGGGCUGGAGCUGAUCGCCUCAGAGAAUUUCGCCAGCCGGGCAGUUCUGGAGGCUCUGGGCUCUUGCUUAAAUAACAAGUACUCUGAAGGGUACCCAGGGCAGAGGUAUUAUGGCGGGACCGAGUUCAUCGAUGAGCUGGAGAUCCUCUGUCAGAAGCGGGCGCUACAGGUCUAUGGUCUGGACCCCCAAUGCUGGGGGGUCAAUGUCCAGCCCUACUCAGGCUCCCCGGCAAACUUCGCCGUGUAUACCGCGCUGGUGGAACCCCACGGGCGCAUCAUGGGCCUGGACCUGCCCGACGGGGGCCACCUGACCCACGGGUUCAUGACAGACAAGAAGAAAAUCUCUGCUACGUCCAUCUUUUUUGAAUCUAUGCCCUAUAAGGUGAACCCGGACACUGGCUACAUCAACUAUGACCAACUGGAGGAAAAUGCCCGCCUCUUCCACCCGAAGCUGAUUAUUGCAGGGACCAGCUGCUACUCCCGAAACCUGGAUUAUGCUCGACUGAGGAGGAUCGCAGACGACAACGGGGCCUAUCUCAUGGCCGACAUGGCGCACAUCAGCGGGCUGGUGGCUGCCGGCGUGGUGCCUUCCCCCUUUGAGCACUGCCACGUGGUGUCCACCACCACCCACAAAACCCUGCGAGGCUGCCGCGCCGGCAUGAUCUUCUACAGGAGAGGAGUGCGCAGCGUGGAUCCCAAGACCGGCAAAGAGACACUGUACAACCUGGAGUCGCUCAUCAACUCUGCCGUGUUCCCGGGCCUGCAGGGAGGUCCCCACAACCACGCCAUUGCUGGGGUCGCCGUGGCCCUGAAACAAGCCAUGACUCCGGAAUUCCGGAUGUACCAGCGCCAGGUGGUGGCCAACUGCAGGGCUCUGGCUGAGACCUUGAUGGAGCUGGGCUACAAAGUGGUAACAGGUGGUUCUGACAACCAUUUGAUCCUCGUGGAUCUCCGUUCCAAAGGCACGGAUGGUGGCAGGGCCGAGAAGGUACUAGAAGCCUGCUCUAUAGCCUGCAACAAGAACACCUGUCCAGGUGACAAAAGCGCACUGCGGCCCAGCGGACUGCGUCUGGGGACUCCGGCACUGACGUCCCGAGGAUUUUUGGAAAAAGAGUUCCAAAAAGUGGCCCAGUUUAUUCACAGAGGGAUAGAACUGACUCUGCAGAUUCAGGACGACGUUGGUGCCAGAGCCACCCUGAAGGAGUUCAAGGAGAAACUGGCCGGGGACGAGAAGCACCAAAGGGCCAUCAGGGCUCUCAGGGAGGAAGUGGAGAGCUUCGCGGCUCUCUUCCCUCUGCCCGGCCUGCCUGCCUUUUAGAGGAGGUGCCAGCCCCCACCUGCCCGUGGGCACCUGCCUGGCACCCGACUGUCGGGACUGCACAGGGACCGCUCGCUCGAGGACCUGGUGCCCUCGUGGGGAGACAGGAGAGCUGCGCCACACGGGACCAGGCUGGGUCAACUUCAUGCCCUCUGAGGGGGUUUCUUUUGGACUUUCCUCACGUUAUCUCCAGAAAUCAAAAUUUGUUUAAGACCCAUUGUUAGUAAUUCUGGGACAGGUUAUUAAGGAGUUUAAAUUUGAUCCUUUCAGUUCUUCUGGAAAAUUGCAAUUAUUUAGCCUGGGUCCAGGGCAGAUGAGUGGAAAGACCCCAGUAGUUGCACUCGCCCUUCUCUGAGUUCCCGGGCUUCCUCCAGACUCUGCAGUACAGAAACACCCAAGUUCGGAGCUUCUAAAAGCUGCCUCUUCUUAAUGUCUUGUUACGCGGCGGGCUGCUGCAGCACCGACUGAUGACCGUUACAAAUGAGAAGGCGAAUCCUGAAGCUAGGUCCGGACUACCAGUAUGGUGGGGGUUCCUCCGUGGCACUCAGGGUGUCGUGGAAACGGUCUCGUUUGCCCCCCACCCCCGGAGGGUACCAGGGCCCAUCAGGUGUAAGCACCGGCUGAGGAGAGACGGCUUUCCUUCCCUGUGCCAGGUAACCAACUCCCCCCUGUGAUCAGGAGACCAAGCGUCACCUUCCCAGAGAAACUUUAUUUUUCACAGAGCCAAAGUGCAAAACAUAGAUGACCAUUUUUAAUAAGCACAAUCGAAUGUGUAACCACAGAAUGUCUACAAGAAUCAUAAGAGCUUUAAAAAAUACAACCAAUUUUUAUAUUUCAAAAAUAUCGGAACUCAAAUAAAUUAAUUUCUUAAAAAGUA